GAUAGAAAGCUAGCAGGCAGCAGGUAGAUGUUUACACGGUCAUGUUUAACUACUGCUGGUGUUUUUAUAAGAUCGCUGAGGUUUAUACAUCCGGCAGAAGUUAAACCAUCACCCUGUGUGUCUGAUAUCUGCAGACGUUACCAUAGAAACACUAAAAUGCCCCAAAAGGCGAAAAAUGUAAAGAAGCCGCCGGCUGCAGCAGAGGCAGAGGCGUCCGGUCCGGUGACUCGGGACAAAAGCGGCGCUGUUACCAUCACGGUGCACGCAAAGCCUGGGUCCAAACACAGCGGCAUCACAGAAGUUUCUACAGAGUCAGUGGGAGUCGCCAUCGCAGCGCCUCCUACAGACGGGGAGGCCAACACUGAACUUAUCCGUUACCUGGCUGAAGUUCUGGGCCUGAAGAAAAGUCACAUAUCUCUGGACAAGGGCUCCAGGUCCAGAGACAAACUCAUCAGUGUGGACUCCAGUCUCAGCCCAGAGGAGGUGCUGAGGAGGCUCAGAGAGGCUGCAGGCUGACAGAAAGAGGAGGAGGAG